AAACACACAACUAACUGAUUUGCGUUCACAAUAACCGACAUUAUCUUCUUUUUUUUGUUCCCAACUGUUUUAUUUAUGAUAUAAAGCUAAGUGAAUCAAGCCAAUAUUACAAGCCAAAACGAAAGCCAAUACUACAAACAAACAGAAGUAAAAAAGUUUCAAAAACAAGCCCACAGGCCCAAAUAAGAAAACUCUUCCUUGAAAACUGAACAGAAGCAUCGAGUCACAAUACACGUGGCAAGGGAGAGACAGGAUAGAUGACACGUGAGAAGUCGAAGAAGCUAGAGUCUCCGAUCACCGACAUCGGAAAGUAUCGCCGGAAAACUUCAAAUUCGGCCGAAAACGCCGAGAAGCUAAGGAAAUUCUCGAUCUGCACCCACAGAAAAAGGCGAGUUCGAAUUUGCUGAGAAUAUGACUCCACCUAAAGCAAAACUUCUUAAUUUUCUUCUUCAAUCAAUAGGUUUUCAAUCUUCAAGAAAGUAGAUCUACACCAUAAACUUUUAAACCCAAGGAUCUGCAACUAAAUGAGAAGAAAGCUAUCCAAAUUGAUAACAACAACUCAUGAUUCGCAGAGAUUAUUCAAACCCAAACAAAAACACAUCAACAAAAAAACAAAAAACUAAAUAAAAACCAUCCACCGUCGCUGAAAGAGCCAACAGUACUGGAAGAGAGCCGACCACCAGUGUGAACGACACCACCGAUGUCGGAAACAUAGCCUGCCGAAAAUGCUAAUGAAGCCAUCUACGCCAGAAGCAAAACCAGCCGAAGAUGCUAACAAAGCCAUCUACGCCGGAAGCAAAGCCAGCCGAAGAUGCUAACAAAGCCAUCUACGCCGGAAGCAAAGCCAGCCUACACCGCUGAGAGAGCCGGUGCAGCUAGACGAGAAGCCCGCUUCAAACGGGACAUAAGUCACCGGAAAAGACCGGUUAAACAUGAACGGAAAAGUUUUCUUUCUCUCUGAAAGAUGAAAGAGAGAGAAGAGAGAGAGAAAACUCCUGAAUUUGGUCAAAAACAAUUUUAACCGACAUUGUCAUUGUGCCAUAUUUUCAACUGAUUUACAACAAAUAAAAAUGUAUAAUUGUUUUAGAAUUCUAAAAUGUACUAUCUGUACUCGUCAUGAA